UACACUGCUGUGUGCAUACUUUUACUUUUUUAAUUGUUUUUUACUUUUUAUCAUAGGUUGUGUGGAUGGGAGCCACAUCCCUUGCUUGCCUCCAAGUGAUGGCUACAGAGACUUCAUAAACAGGAAGGGAUGGCCAUCCUAUGUCCUCCAGGGAGUCUGUGAUGACAAAUACUGUUUUUGGAGUGUGAGCUGCAAAAUGCCUGGUUCAGCACAUGACGCCAAUGCACUCCGCCAGUCAAAUCUGUUCAACAAUGCACAAUCCUUCCCAAAGAGAGCAGUGCAGAUCGAGGGGCAGGAUGUGGAUUUCUUCCUGCUGGGAGAUCCUGCGUACCCGCUGUUGCCCUGGCUAAUGAAGGGCUAUCUGCAGUCCCCAAGACUGACACCACAAGAGGAAAGCUUUAACGUCUAUUUGAGUUCUGCUAGAACAACUAUAGAGAUAGCAUUUGGUCGACUGAAAUCUCGUUUCCGUGUUCUGUUGAAGCGCAGUGACUUCCAUUUCACUUUCACACCAUACGUGGUAGCAACCUGUUGUGCUCUACACAACUUUUGUGAGAUGGAGAAGGAGCAUGUUAAUCCCAGAUGGGCAGAGGAGGCCACAUCAGUAGAAAGGCUGUUUCCACAGCCUGUGUCACAGGUAAAUAGGGCUGAUAACAGUGCAGCCUCAGCUAUCAGACGGGCCUUAACAGAUUACCUUGCUGCACGUGUCCCACUCCGUAAGCGCUUAGUAAGAGCAUGAGUGUGCAGGACGAACGGGUCUGAUAGGAAACAAACAACGUUAAACUGUAAGCUCGAUAUUUGUCAAACAGCUGUAUUUUCUAAGUUUUAUAAGAUGUUUAUCUGCCUUCUCCUUUGUUGCUGUGCACUUCUGAAAAAGAACAGUUAUAUGCAAUGCUCAAAUAAAAUGUCAACAAAUACAAGUUUUCUAGUAAGUUUAAUAAAACAUUGGUUCUUUAAUAAAGCACAUAACAAAAUAACAUUCUGGUUUUGCUUUUUACAUGUGAGGUAAAACAGAGGUUCAAGUAAGGCGCUAUGGCGCACCUAUCCUUCCAUAAUGGAGAAUAAAUACAUCAACUACUAUGGCAGAACAAGGCUCGAGAUGUAAAAAUAUUGCACAUAUGUGGAACAAAGAGUUUUUGAAAAUGUUUGUUACAUAAUAAAAAAAGAAGGUGUACAAAAGCUGCAAAAAAGGUGCAAAGUUUAAAAUUCUCACAAAAAUAAUUUUCUACAACAAACUUCAUAGGAAAUGCACAAAAACAACUGUCAAAUAGAUGAAUGGAUUAUAAGGUGGGACACUACAGUUGGCAGAAUGGUGUAGAAUCUUGGUCCUCGCUGUGAUCAUGUUCAGGCUGAUUGUUAUGAGAAUAGGGAAAUCGAUGUGGAGGAGCAGGUGGUUGCCUGUUAUCAAAAUGGUUGUUGUAUGGCUGAAACAUAGGCUGUGAAUGAGAAUUACUAAACAUGGGUUGAGGAGUUGGCCGCUGGAAUAAUGCACCUAACCCUGUGAGGAGUUGUGUAACAACCAAACCCAUUGAACGGGUCGAUUCAGAAAACAUUUGAGACAUGAAUGCCUCAUCACUGGCUUGUCUCAACUGCCGUUGCUGCUCAAACCAUUGGUUCUGCGUGUGCUGCAUUGUCACCAAGAACUGUUGAUGCUGAGUCAGUGAAGCAGCUCCACGGUGCCUGAACCUGCGACUUGACCAACCUAGAGCAGACAUGACAGGCCUUAGAAAGUGUUGGGUAAGUUCGAUCUUAGUGUUCGACUAUUAUCAAUUUUUGCAUUCUUAUGAAACUUGUGGAUUCUAAAAGAUGUUUCUUUACCUGUAGGUGACGUGUCAGAAUGUCACCUGCGCCUGCAUCAUAAACAUCUCCCUACAAUUCUGAGUUUAUUAAGAAUGCAAAAGUGACAAUAGUCCUUAGUUUGGGUCCACGGUUAUAUUACAUAAUAUCUCAUAAUCACUGCAAUCAAAUUAUCCACUAAAGAAAGGUACUAUUUUCAGACAUUACACAAGGAGGAGGAGUGACCUGGGGUUACAAUACGCUAUAACCAGUUAUGCCUUCAGUAACAGUAUUUCGAAAGCUCACCAGGAGUAGCUGCAGUGGUAUUUGAUGGCGGUGUAGACUGGCUAGGCACAGUCAUUGAAGGUCCACCUUCUCCAAUAUUUGCAUCUGGCCAGAAAUAAAAACAAGCAAAAUGUUACAGCUUGAUGUUAAAAACGAUGUUACUGAUAGGUUAAACACAGAUGGGUCAACGCAUGUAUCUACCUCCGAGAGCGAAGCCCUUUGUUGGCAUACGUAUUGGAUUGAGCAAGUCAUGUGACUUACCUGUGUUUUCAUCAUCAUCAUCCUCUCCUUCAAGAUGUGAGCCACUUCCACUUGUUGUAUCGCUUGCUGUAGGUGUGGCUGCGUCUGUCUGGUCAAGCGUUCCAUAACUGUCUGUAAAAUAGCAUUAAUACAAUUCGUAUGAAAUAAUAAUAAAAAAAAGAUGUCUUUUUACACAUCGUGAAACCACAAAACAGCAACAAACAGACUUUACAUUUAUGUGACGUUUACUAUAAUUAUUAAUCUGGGGCAGUGCAUGUUAGGCAGCAUUUGUGUUACAAAUUAGUUACAUUCCUAUUUAUUAUAACAAUGGUGCUAACAAUGUGGGACUAAGUUACGUAGCUACUGUGCUUGGAGAAGGCGCGCAAACCUACCUUGCUGGUCGGUUGACUGCUCCUGUACGUCCUCAAAUCCAAUAUCUACCCCACUUUCUUCAGCUGUACUGAUGGGUCUAUUGCCCAAAAUGUCGUCCAUUAAAUCAAACUGUGGAAAAGAAGAUGGAUUGGACCCGCUAGUACUGUUUUGUUUCUUCGCCUUGUAGUAGGCCUUUUUCAGCGUCUUCCAGCGGUACUUCACUUGGUCUGGUGUCCUUACAAACCCCGCUUCGCGUAACUUUUCGGUUACCUUCUUGUAGAUUUCGCUGCCUCUGUACUUUCGGCCGUCUAUGAAAGACAUAACAUUCAUACUUUUCACCAGACCGAUGAACACAGAGGUUUCCUCGUCACUCCAAAAGUGUGGUGCUGUGCCGCGACUCGCCAUGUUGCUCCCAAUUGUUUACUUCCGGUAUUCUGGCGCAUACAAGAUGUGUCGCUACUCAAAAGACCAAGAUUCCUUGCGAACAGAGCAAGCGCAGAACACACGCUCGGAUGGGGAUAUCCCGAUAUGCGUUUACACGACCAAACAUUCGGGUUAGAAAAGGGUUACCCCAGGUGCAGUAACCGGGUUUUUAAAAACCCGGUUAUGAGCAAAUCCGGGUUUUUGACAGUGUUUACAUGGCCGUGCUGAACCGGGUUAUUGCGAAUAUCCGGGUUUUAAAAGGGUUACUGGCAGCAUGUAAACGCACUGAAUAAGUCUGAGUAACUUCCUUUUGAUUAACUUAGAUCCUGUAGAUGCGUGAGACGCCUACCUCCACAGGAGGGGUGGUGUAACUGAUAAAGUUUUGAUUACCUUACAAGGUGGAGACGGGCUAGUUCAUUUAAAUUAGAAUGCCUUUUGCCUGAAUGCAAAUGUGUGAGCCUAAGCAGCUAAAUCAAGCUAGACUGAAAGUCUCUUGUGGCACCCUUUUGUGAAAAACCCUUUGAAGCCUCUGUGACGUGAGUGUGUUAACUCCGCCUUAGUGUGAUAGAAUCUCUGAUAAACUCCUUUUGAGACAAGCUAGUUUUAAAGAAUUUGGAUGUGUUUUAUUUUGUUUGUGAUAAUUUAGGACAGACCAUAUCUGACUAGUUUCAUGCUAAACCAGACAUCAAUGUUUAUUAAUUUAAACAAUUAGGCAGCACAACUUUUGGGUACACUGUUUUCCUAAAUGCAAAUUGUUCCCUAUGCAAAGACAGGCUGGGAGACUCCUUGAUUUGUGUCCUGCUGUGAUGUGAUGAUGGCAACUCGAUUAACAGGUGAUAAAGAUCAGUGGCUGGCUGCAUUGGUUCCUGCAGACAACAUCAAAGGACACAGAUCGGAUACAAGACGCUUUGUGCCCCAUUGACCCUCCACAACCAGGAAGGUAUUGUGAUUGCAACACAAGAUGGUUUGCUAGGUCCUGUCCUGAUACUCUCCGAAUGCAGGAAUGGCAGACUCAGGAGAAGACUUCAGAGGAUCUGAGUUCCUUUGGGCAAGCAGCUGUGGAAGUUGAACGCAUAUCUAACUGAAUGCAAAUUGGUCUGUGUCUGUGGCAUCCUGCUGUGGGUCUUUGAAGCGUUUGUGACUUGUAGGUGUGUUCAGAAGGAAGUGGAGCCUACAAUCCAAGAUGGAGGAAGCACGAAAGACAUGGCUAAACUGCUGACUUGCAGUCCAAGACGGAAGUGACACAAACCACCGUCACCGGCUGAGCUAAUGUUAAACCACAAACCAAGUGGAUCAGUUAGCCCAAACCGGUACCAACAUGUGAGCUGAUGUAAAACCACAAAACCCGCUGUGGGGCAGUCAGCUCUCUCAGGAAGUGACCUGCGUCGACACGUCAGCGGGACGACGCAAAGCUGAGAGCACAGUCUGUGACCGAGAUAUCACACAUGAACUGGAGAUGAGGUGCAGAGGUCAAACACCAACUUCAGGAGGGAACCAGAACAGGUCAGCCAGCCACAGAAAACUCAAAACCUGUGACACCUGUUCAGUCCUACAAGCGAUUGAUUGCCGCACAGGAGGUAACGACGGAUGUGGAGCAGAAGAUCCACAAGUGUUUGAUAACAAAUGAUAUGGGUUACUUUAAUAAAGCUAGGAACUCAAGAUUAUUAUGUAGGUUUUGGUGUCUAGUUUAUUCAUUCCUCAUUCCAGGUUUUAACUCUUCCUCUGGGUUUUGUUGACAGGAUAAUCAUUGCUCAAAGGUAGCAUUCAGGGGGAUAAAUUAAUAAAGCUAGAAAUACAGGAUAAAAUUGGGUUUGAUGUCUGGUUUAAUGUUGAACUAAAAUCUGAUUGAUUAAUUGGUCAUUUCAAAUUCCAGGUUAGGUGCGUCCUAAUUUCAUGUUAAUGUUGUUUUAUUGGUUUAAUCUUUUAUUGCUCAAAAAGUCACAUCAGGAGGGAAUGUUGGGUAUUUUUAUAAAUGUACCUUUUUGAGACCUAAAAGAUGCCCAUUACACAUCAUGAAUCUCUGUGUUGGUAUGUUCAUAAAAAGGUUGAGCAAAGAUGUUAAUUGAGAGAACUCUGUAACUCUGCAAUUUGAGAUGGUCCGCCUUCUCCCCCCCACCCGUUGCUUGAAUAAAACCACUGAAGACUCUGAGGAAGAGGGAGUCACCUGGCAGCUAGCUCUGGAGAGAGUUAUGUGUCAUGGUGAUCUCCCCCUCAUUUGGCUAAUUCAGUGUAAAAUGUCUUCCUUGUUGUCAUGUGUGUUUAUUUCAGGUUCCAGGGUUAU